CCGCUACAAGUGGUCGCUGUUCCUCGGCGCCCCCGGAGCUGGUGCCGGAGCGCGGCGCCCGCGGAGUCCGCGCAUUCCCCGCGGCCUGGCCCACGGUGAGUGGCACGGAGUGCCGCCCGGUGCCGUCAGGCCGCCGUCGGGCUCCAUACGGCUAUCCCCAAGACGGACACGCAGACGACCGCCGCCCCGUUGGACCUGGGCCUUCGGCGCCUAAACUGCUCGGCCACUGCCAUGUCCGCCUUGCUGGGGAUGAAGAGCAGCGUGCUCCGGCAGAUGCGGGAGCGCCCGGCCCUCCGCCGCAGGGCGGAGCAAGAGCCAGGGGGUGCCAGCGCCGACCCGCAGGAGCCUGCCACCUGGGCCCGGAAAGCCAGGGAUGGCACGGAGUUCUUCGCCCAGAUGCGCCUUCUUCUAAAGAAGGGGGAAGGUAGACGAGGCCUGCCAUGCCCUGAGGUUCUCUUGCGUAGCGGCUCGCCCACCCCCGCGGAGCCUGUGGACCCCGACCGUGGCCAGAGGGUCCUGACCCAGGAGGAGGUGGAGCUGCUCUACGAAGAGGCCUUGUACACAGUCCUGCACCGCGCAGGGGCUGUGGGGCCCGAGCAGGUGGAUGACGAGGACGCCCUGCUGAGCUACCUCCAGCAGGUGUUCGGCACCAGCCCUGAGGAGCAUGCCGAGGCCGUGGGGCACGUAAAGAGGGCAAAGGCCCCUACAUACGCCCUGAAAGUCUCUGUCAUAUGCGCCAAGAACCUUCUGGCCAAAGACCCCAAUGGCUUCAGCGACCCAUACUGCAUGCUGGGAAUCCUGCCGGCCUCGGGCGCCCAGCAGGAGGCCAGCCAGCAGAAGGAGCCACGCUUCAGCUUCCGCAGGGGCAGUAAGCGGAGCAGCCCGCUGCCCGCCAAGAGCAUCCAGGUCACAGAGGUCAGGAGCGGCACCCUGAACCCUGUCUGGAAGGAGCACUUCCUCUUUGAGAUCGAGGACGUGCACACUGACCAGCUGCACCUGGACAUCUGGGACCAUGACGACGACGUGUCCCUGGUGGAAGCAUGCAGGAAGCUGAACGAGGUCAUCGGCCUGAAGGGCGUGAGCAGGUACUUCAAACAGAUUGUCAAGUCGGCCCGUGCCAACGGGGCAGCCGGGCCCCCCGAGGACCACACCGACGACUUCCUGGGCUGCCUCAACAUCCCUGUCCGGGAGGUGCCCGUAACCGGCAUGGACCGCUGGUUCAAGCUGGAGCCGCGCUCUCGGGCCUCCUGUGUGCAGGGAGACUGCCAUCUGGUCCUGAAGCUUAUCACCACCCAGAGGGACACGGGCAUGAGCCAGCGCGGCCGGUCCGGCUUCCUGUCCUAUCUGUUGCUGCUCAGCAGACUGCUGUGGUUCGAGCACCGAGCUGAGGAGCCUGACUCCAGCAGCUGGCGCGGGGAGCUCAGCGGCCCAGCGGCCACCGUCCUCAGUCUGCACGGAGCUCAGAGCAACCUGUCACCCUUGCAGCUGGCCGUGCUUGGCCACUGGCGGGCGAGCAGCCGCCACCAUCAGAGUCGCACGCUGGACUAUGGCUACCUGCUGGGGCUGCUGGAGGACGUGCAGGCGCACUGGGAGGAGGCGGCCUCGCUGCCCCAGGAGCAGGAGGAGAGCCUGGCUGACAGCUUCUCUGCCUUCUCCGAGUUUGGGCUGCGCCUGUUGCGCCAGCUCCGAGACUACUUCCCCGCCACCAACAGCACGGCGGUGGGCCGCCUGGAGCUGCUGCUGAAGUGUCUCCGCAAGCUGCAGCUCUUCCAGCCCUCCUUUGAGAUCUGCCCCUUUGAGACGGAGCUGAGCGUGGACGUGGCUGCUGCUCUGAAGAGAGGCAACCGUGAGUGGUUCGACAGGCUCCUGGACGCCAAGUGUCCCCGAGAGCAGCAAGGGCCGCAGCGCCUCCCCGGCCUCAUUGAGCUAGCAGACGCUGUCUACGCCGACCUGCAGUCCUGCUACGGCAUCUAUGCCAGCCUCUUCCACAGCAUUCUCGAGGUGGACUUCUUCAGCCUGACCUUCCGACAGCUGGAGCGCCUGGUGGCGGAAGAGGCAUGGGUCCUGACUGAUGAGCUAAACCCCAAGAUGACCCUGGAGGUGGCCUCGGGGCUUCUGGAGCUCUACCUGACCCUGGCGGACACGCAGCGCUUCUGGCACAGCAUCCCGGGGCGGGACAGCCGCUCCCUGGCCCUGGCUGGCAUCCACGCCCCGUUCCUGCCUGCUGUGAAGCUCUGGCUGCAGGUGGUGCGGGACCAGGCCAAGUGGCGGUUUCAGGGAGCCGUGGAUGUGGACACGCUGGAGCCCGUAGACCCCUCCUGCAAGCACAGCAGUUCCGCUACCACCGCCAGCCUCUGCCUCAGCCACAUCCGGGAGCUCUGGGUCCGCCUGGCAUGGCCUGAGCCCGCCCAGGCCCAGGUGCUGGGCACCCAGCUCGGACAGGACCUGUGCGAGGCCACCCUCUUCUACUCUGAGCUGCUGCGCAAGAAAGCGGACGCCCAGCCAGCGGCAGGCCGCGAGGCGGGGGGUGAGCAGCUCUGUGUGGUCCUGAACAACGUGGAGUUCGUGCGCAAAGCUGCGGGGCAGUCUCUGAGAGGCUUGGCAUGGCCAGAAGGGGCUGCAGGGCUGGAGGGAGUGCUUCCUCGGUCCCUGCUCAGCUGCAUGCAGGCCCUGGACGAGGACCUGCAACGAGAGGUUAGCACCUUGACGGCCCAUUUGACAUCGAAGAUGGUGGGCGACAUCAGGAAGUACACGCAGCACGUCGGCCUCUCGCCGGACUCCAUUCAGAACGACGAGGCAGUGGCCCCACUCCUGAAGUACCUGGACGAGAAGCUGGCCAUGCUGAACGCCUCGUUGGUGAAGGAGAACCUGCACAGGGUCCUGCUUGGACAGCCCCUGCUACGGGCUGGUCUCCAGCCUCCUCCAGCCCGAUGCCUCUUCCUCUCCCAGGCCCUGGUCAGUUUCUUCCACGCAGAGGGUCAGGGCCUGUCCAUGGAGAGCCUGAGGGAUGGGAGCUACAAGAGGCUGGAGGAGGAGCUGCGGCUGCACAAAUGCCCCACUCGGGAGUGCAUUGAGCAGUUCUACCUGGACAAGCUCAAGCAGAGGCCCCUGGAGCAGAGCCGGUUCGGACGCCUGAGCGUCCGCUGCCACUACGAAGCGGCAGAGCAGCGGCUGGCCGUGGAGGUGCUGCACGCUGCGGACCUGCUCCCUCUGGAUGCCAAUGGCCUGAGUGACCCCUUUGUGAUCGUGGAGCUGGGCCCACCGCACGUCUUCCCCCUGGCCCGCAGCCAGCGGACCCAGGUCAAGACUCGGACGCUGCACCCGCUGUACGACGAGCUCUUCCACUUCUCCGUGCCUGCCGAGGCUUGCCGCCGCCGUGGGGCCUGUGUGCUGUUCACCGUCAUGGACCACGACUGGCUGUCCACUAAUGACUUCGCAGGGGAGGCAGCCCUCAGCCUGGCUACCAUCCCCGGCGUAGCCCGGCCCCAGGGAGGGGCACUGCGGGCUGGGCCGCCCCUCACACUGCACUUGCGCCGGCCCAGAGCCCAGGUGAGGUCGGCGCUAAGGAUGCUGGAGGGCCGCACCAGCAAGGAGGCACAGGAGUUUGUCAAGAAACUCAAGGAGCUGGAGAAGUACAUGGCCGAGCCCUGAGCAGCGCUCCUGCUGCCACCAGCCCGCCUCGCCCUGGUAGCCCCCCACAGCCGUGCCCCUCCCCUGUGAUGUGCUGUGCUGCUGUGGCCACGCCCCCCGGUGUAUCUGUGGACCUGCACUCAGAGCCCACCCUGACCCCCGGGUGGGCCUUCCUGCACGGGUGGUGGCUCUGUGCCCACUGGGUACCAGGUGGUGUCUGCAGGGACUCGGGUCCCGACCGGAGAGUGAAGAUGCUGCUCAGCACCCUGCACUGAACCAGCUCCCCAAGACUAGUCACCCUUAUCUCACGGGAAGUACCACUGUCUCUCGUUGGGUGAGGACAAGGUCUUAACAUCCUAGAGGCAGGAAGGCCUGGGGGGGGCAUUUGGACAAGCUGAGCUGGGAGGGGAGGAGCUUCCAGAGCCUCCAGGAGCAGAAGUGGGCACACCUGCUGACCCAGCCCCCUCCCCCUCCGUGCGGGUAGAAGUGGGCACACCUGCUGACCCAGCCACCACCACCGUCCUCCCCCGACCCUGGAGUGCUCUGCUCAAGAGGGACACAGAGGAGAGCUUUGCUAAGGGCUCUGCCUAGCCCCUAGGCCCAGGAGAGGCUCCCUUGAGGCCCCAAACCAAGGCCCAUGGCUAGGGGCCAGGGAGCAAGGCUCUGAGCCAACUGGUCAGUAUCUUUCCUAGCGGAUGGCCCCCCAAGACACACUUCUGGGCAGGGUCUGCCUCCCCAGAGGCCAAGACCCCCGCCCCACCCCCCGGAAGCAGCAGGCGCACACACAGGAGCUUCCUGGCUUGCCGCCUUCAUUGUGAGCUCCGAGGUACAACCAAGAGUAGGUGUGUCAGAGAAGCUGGGAGAGCCCGGACGCCAGCCCCGCCGGCCCAUCUGUGUCCCCACUCGCUGUCUCUACGUGUCCCCAUCAUGCAGCUUCCCAAAUACACGCUUCAUCAAGU